GGGCUUCAAGAUCAAAAAUUUAUUGAAAGCGGAGGUAUCUCAUAUAUUCGCAAGUGCUGGAGAAGCGCAAUGUGGAGCAAUUAUCCCAUCGCAAUACCAGUCAAACCGAUGAAGAAACUCCCCGUUAAAGUAUCUAAGAAGUAAUUACUCCAUUGCAAUCGGUGCAAAAGCUACCCGUUACUGCAUUCAAGCGAAACGGAAUGCAAGACCAGGAGCAUUCGAAGUUGCUCGGCACUGCAAAUUUUCUCGUACGUUGUCCCCGAGACGUGUCUAUCGAGUGCGACAUAUGCACGAACCCUAUCAAAGUUGGCGACCCGGCAAAAGUGCCGCUUGCCAGCACCAAAGCGGCUCUUAACUGUUGUUUGCUUAAAAAGAAACCCAUUGAAGUCUCGCUUGAGGAUAUAUUAGACGAAUGAUUUUCCGUGUGUCUGACGUCUUGUGAUGAGUUUAUGCGGCGGAGGUGUAUUGAGAUAUAGAAAAAGGCAAAACAAAACGGAAAACGAAAGUUCAUAAUCAACCGACGGUGCUGAUGCGCCGCGCCUGCGAGGUGGCUUGCGGCGCCCGCUCGCGUCGUCGACCCUUCAUCCAGUCUUCGUACAGUGCCGAUCCCUGCGGCGAGUUCCAUCGGUACCACUGCGAAGAUGAACGGGUAUCUUAUAACAGCACGGCGAGCCGAAACUCAAUCAAGCAGAAAAAGGAAGACCGCAGAGAUUUGUAAUAAAACCGCAAUAAACUAGCUCCGUAGUGAAAUAACAGUAAAACGACUUUACAGUAUCUGUGCAAUGAUGCGAAGAGGAGUGCGUUUGGCGGGUAGUGAUUUGUUCGCGGGGUGUUAGGGGGUGAGGGUGCAAAUGAGAAGGCGGCGCGGGCGGGGGGCGGGUCGGGCGCGGUGACUGCCCGCGCGCACCAUGCGCGGCGCGCUAUCGCUGCUGCUGCUGGCCGCCGCGAGCCUCACUGUUUCCGCGCAGAUCGCCUGGACACCCAUCUUCCUUGACGGUAGCAGUCAAGUGGAUCUUUGGACGCAGUCGUCGAGCGGUUGCGCGUGUCCCGGCGGCGUGGGCGAGGAAUGCGCGUGCUGCGUGCGCGACGGCGCCUGCCCCUGCGGCGAGGUGGCGCCCGCACGCUGCGCACAGUGCGGCCUCGAGCAGUAUUGUGCUAACAUGUGCAACAUAACAAUAGAUUCAAGGGUGCUCAAAUCAAAGUCAGGAAAGACAUUUGGCCAGAUUAAGUCGCCGUCCAUCGAAGGUCCGAGCUCUUGCUCGUACUUCCUUCAGCCGGAUGCUGGGCAGCGAGUGGAGAUACAACUGUACAGGCUUGUUUCGGUCGGGAGAUUUAAUGGUUCUAGUUGUGUAGGAGGAUGGAUACAGCUAGGCAGCGCAAGCGCAGUGCGGACGGACGGCGCCGUGGAGACGCGAUUGUGCGGCGCCAACGAGCGAUAUACGCCUCCAGUCGUCCUGUUUGCUGACCACGGAGCUUCCAUGCUUGAGUUUAAAAUAACCGAGAGGACGGUGAGAUCGCAAUUCCUAGCAUUCUUCAGCUUUACGUCUUUGAGCAAUACGCAAGGCGUGGGCUUUCAUCCGAAAGGCGGCUCGAGAAUACCACACACGGAUUGUGACUGGUUGUACCAAGAUGUGUCGUGUCGCGGUCCGGGAGCGUGUGUUCUCGCGAGCCCCGGUUAUCCGGGUCUGUACCCGCCUCACAGGAGGUGCAGGUACCUCUUCGCCACCAACUCAGUUCACACAAGGGUCAAAAUCAUCUUCACUUCCAUAUUACUUCCUAGAAACCAUUGUACGACGGAUUAUCUUACGCUGAGAGCCGGCAGCUCGCCGUCGGCCUCUCUGCUAGGGUCGCUUUGUUCAGAAAGGACCGCUACUUUAGAACACCCUGGGCCGAAUCUACUGCUAGAAUUCAAUUCAGGGCCAUUAGUGCCUCCGUACGAUUACAACGGGUUCAUCGCGAAGUUAGAGUUUAUUGAGAGGGUAGACAGCAGUGGUGCGCCACCUACAGUUAUACCGGCGUCGCCUCCGUUAGCUGCGCUUACGCAUCAUAAUUUAGAGAACGGUGAUGGUGCAUCCAUAGACGGUAACGGGGGAUCAAACGAAGUAUUCGGAAGCUCCGGCGGUCGUAUGGGCUGUGGCGCGACCAUUCGCGGGUUUGGCCCCGGCGGAUUGAGGUCCGGCCAUUUUGACACAAGGGCCACAUCGUGGCGCAGUCAAUGCGCUAUACAUUUGAUAGGAGCGUCUACUGAUGUGGUGCAAGUUUCGCUAUUUAAUUAUAAUUUAAGGUUACAAAGCUGUCGAUCUCAUAUUGAGAUCUUGGAGGGGCUUCACGAAUUUAAUACUAGAGAAAGGGGAGACAGGUCUGAGAGAGGAGACCGGGCUUUGCUCAGGGUAUGCGGGCCCGCUGUGAGGGAAGCCAGAGAUCCUUCUGGAAGGUUCCUUAUACGUCAAGCUGUGACAUCGAAGGGUGCUAACUUAACGAUUUUAGUGCGGCGAGCAUCUUCACAAACUGUGGAUGAGGAGGAAUUUGUAGAUGGCGCUUUUGCUUUCCAUGACGAACAACACGAAGGUACAGCGUCUCCUGACGCGACAUGUGCCGCCACACAUUACGGUCUGGCUGCGCCUGCGCAUGGUGGUGUCUCUGCCCCUUCACACCACCACAUAUUCUGGAAUAUUGAAGAGAGAUUGCUUUGCACUCAUCGGUUCAUACCAGCCUCCAAUCAGAGCGUUACUAUUGAGAUCCAACAUCUAGAUAGGAUGUGGAGUGCCGAGCCCACGGGCACGGUGGGGGCGUCCGGUUGCAGGACGGCAUGUGGCGACGCUGGUUGCGAAUGUCGCUCGACUACGCCACUCUACUACCACGACCACAUCGCGCUGGUCGCUGGCGAUGGUACUCAUCUAUCCUGCCUCUGUGGAGAUUUUCGGCCGGUGUGGUUGCCGGUGGUUGUUCGGAGUUGGACCAGCGUGCGUUUAGAAUACUCCGUGGCUCAUUACACGUACGCGAGCCGUGGGUUUGAUUAUGCAGCUGCUUAUAGUUUCAAUGACGACGCCACCUGCGGACAACGCACGUACACAACGCAUUCUGGUGAGAUAUCGUCGAGGAACGUGUCCGUUACCGGCUGCCUGAAUGAGUUUUUCUAUCAGCAAUGCACUUGGGUUCUCGAUUCCAACGUCGAGAGACAGCUUUUUAUUGAUAUCUCUUCUGAGCAGGAUAAGUCGUGCGGCUCGUGGAACAUAACGCUGCACGAGUGGUCCGGGCCGGGCGCGCAGAGCGACGCGGGCCUCGCCGGUGCCGCCGGCGAACUCUUGUACACGUUCUGUGCGCGCCAUAAAAACCACACGUACACGCUGCCCUGGCGACUUAACACUGUCGUUAUAAGGUUGGUAGCCCUGUCGCGACAGCAACCGUUGUACACGAUAAGAUGGCGGUCGCAAGUGGUACGAGCUAACAAUCGCUUGGGGCCACCGACGCCCGCGCCCGCGGCGUCAGCGGGGGCCAACACGCUGUUUCUAUCAAACACCUUUAUUCAUUCAUUUAUAGUGUUGUUUUUCAGAAACAAUAUACUAAUGAUUUAGUGGUGUUAGUGUAAUGAAUCGCGGGCGACUAUGAUUGCGUCAUAAUUCCGAUUGAUAUAUUUUUUUUAUAUAAAUAAAUUUGUGUCCAGAACCUUAUCCUAUUGCCGCAGUAAUUGCGUUAUUUUUAUGGACAAUUAACAUUUAUAUAUAGAAAUGAGAUAAUAUCGAACAUAUUUUGGUGGAAUACUGAACACGUGUCAUAAUCGCAAGCGGUUGAGUUUCGGUAGUAAAUUUUGUACAGUAAUGAAAGACUACAAGUGAAAUAUUGAAAUAUAUUUUGUAAAUAAAGGUAAAAUGGCUUAUACUAUUCUCACCUAGUAUAGAAGGCGGAAGAUCACUUUUAUAGAAAUCAUUAAUUCAUUUUAUUGUGUGCUACAUCAAUCGGGCUGUAAAACUAAUUUGUGCUUUGUAACGCAUAAAGAGGAAUAUUUUGCGCUUUAUUUGAAUCUGAAAUAGCAUUGUUGAGUAAAUUGUGUUUUCUUCAUGUAAUUCUAGUGUAUGUAAAGUAAUUAUAACUAGACUUAUAGCAGACUUAUUGUCAAUUAAAAUAGCGUCGUUUAUGUUUAUAAAUGAUAACUGUUAGUUAAAUGGUAUAUACAUGUGCUUUGGGAACGCUAAUAAAGAUUUAGUUACAUUGUGUAGUAAACAUUUUACUCUAAAAUGCAAAUGUUAGUCGAGAAAUACACGGAGAACUAAAAAAGUUUUAUUUUUUAAAUCAUGAUUGAUGUCCAAGAAACUAGAAAAUAAUUGGUAAUUAAAAUAGAUUUCGGAAUCUUGCAGAAUAUAAUUGUGUGUUCAUUUCAAUCAGCCUUAUUUUACAUUUACACGAAGUCCUGGUUUUGAAAGACGAUUUAUUUUUUAAAUAAAUAUCAAUUACAAAAUUAUUAUAUGAAUAAAAAAAUCUCUUAAGGUAAACGACUUUUUCGACAAGUAAGUACCUUUAUGUAGAGAACUGCUCUUUUCGCAUUCAUAUUAUACAAAUAAACAUAAUAUAUUUGUUGUUUUUUUCGUAAUGACAUUUAACUAUUUUAAUCACACAAACGAUAAUUACAAUAAAUGAACAUUUCUAAAAUUAAUAGAAAAAUAAAUGAUAAAAUUUAGUUAUAGAAAAAUGUCGAGUGUCGUUAUUUACUUUAUUCCAUAGAAUAUUGAAUUAUACUGCUAACGCCAGCAAAAGAGUUUGACGAUAAGAUCAUUUUGACGUACGUGCUCUCCAGUUCAAUCGGCUUCGGACACAAUUUAAAAAAGUUUUGACUACAAUGUUAAUUAAGAAACAACCAGCACCAAUUCUAAAGGUAGUUUAUUUAUAUAGAACGUUCAUUUUAUUUCGCAAAUGUACAUACAUCUUAAUUAUUUCCUAAUUAGGAAUGGAAAAAUUCAAAACUUAACGUAGUCAAAUAUCAAUGUGUAUUUGAAUUGUCUCCAUUGUAUUUCGUGUAAUUAGCAGGUUCUAUAAAACGUAUUGUUUACUUGUUGACUGUAUAUUCUUGCUACCUGUAUUUGAUAUUAUUUUUAAAGAAUAAUCAUGACGAUGAAACGAUCACAUGAAGUUGAUUGUAUUUUAUUUAAAAUUCAUUGGACUGAUUUGUAUCUAAAAUUAUUAAAUCACAUGAAGUCACGAAUUAGGCUGAAUAUUUAAAUUCAUGCGAACACUCGCACUAGAAUAUGAAUAUUAUGCAUUAUUAAUUAUGUACAUUAUAUCAUCUCACUGAAUCCACUUGAUGCGGACAUUAAUUAUCAUGAACUAUGCGUUCCUACACCUAAUAAUGCUCAUUAGAGCUAAUUUUGCUUUUAUUAAACCAUUGUACAAUGAACUCCACAUAUUAUGUAGUAAGGAAUUAAUUAAUCGCACCUCUUUUAUGAAACAUAUAUACGUAAUACGUAUUUUAUACUUUUACUACAAAUAAAUUUAUUAAUGGUAUAUUUUUUUCGUGUGUAUAAUUCAUUAGAUUUAUUGUAAUCAUACAUGAGCAAAUUUUGUCUUGUACAAUGGUUUUAAUAAUACCUUAAAAUACAUUAAAAUAAACCUUAGUUUGUAGUUAAAGAGGCAUGGACGUUUUAAUAUUUCUGUUGUUAAAAUCAUAAUUAUUAGACAACGCCACGCAAAAAUAGAUAAUAUUUUGCUGACGCUAAGUCAUGAAUUUGAAAAUGGUAAAAGCUUUAUAAUAUUUUUGGUGAUAGGUUGUCGUUUUUAAUCGUAUUUCUGUGUAUAAUAAUCACUUAAUUUAUAAACCAUAUAGUGAAGUAGAUGUAAAUAGCUCAACAUUGAAGACUUUACAUAUAUAACAUGUAUGUAUUUAAUUAAAUGUUGCAUGUGUGAAGUCUCCAAUACAUUGUACGUUUACUAACGAGACGGUAUUAUUAGUUAGAUGACUCUGUAAGUUUAAUAAGUAAUGUUUGUUACACGGAAAUAGAUAAACUGAAUGCA